CGUCACGGACCCACCAAAUCCGGGAAGAGGAGCAGCUCCGGUGACCGACCGACCGACCGGCCCGGGCGGACGAACCCACAACCUGAGGACACACUGACUGCGGCAUCCCACACUUCCGUAGGGUGCGUUCGUUUUAAUCUUAUUGUCGGUCUCUAUGCCGCCACAUACGGGAUCGCUACAAUCCCCGCCCAUCUGGCUAACCCCCGUGAUGAGACGCAAGCGCUUCCUUUUGAGGUCACGUGACAACGGGAAAAACGGGAGCAAGAAGAAAGCGGACAGAAGAUGGACUCGCUCCAGGACAAACAUCUUUGCUAAGCGGGCGAUAUUAUUGAAAAUGGCCUAAAAGAUGAGCUACGACGUGAGGACGUUCGGAAUGAAUGAGAAGCAACAACGAUGGAAACAAGAGACGACGUACAUAUGAUUGAAUCACCCGCCGAGGAAGAGCGACGAUGAAGCUGAACGAGCGCAGCGUGGCCCACUACGCCACGUGCGACUCGCCGCCCGACAAGACGGGCUUCCUGUUCAAAAAGGGCGAGCGCAACACGGCGUACCACCGCCGCUGGUUCGUGCUCAAGGGCAACAUGCUCUUCUACUUCGAGGAGCGCGACGGCCGCGAGCCCAUCGGCGUCAUCGUCUUGGAGGGCUGCACCGUGGAGCUGUGCGAGUCCGCCGAGGAGUUCGCCUUCGCCGUCAAGUUCGACUGCGCCCGGGCCCGCGUGUACAAGAUGGCCGCCGACAGUCAAGCGGCGAUGGAGUCGUGGGUGAAGGCCUUGUCGCGGGCCAGCUUCGACUACAUGAGGCUGGUGGUCAGGGAGCUGGAGAGGCAGCUGGAGGAGAUUCAGGAGGCGGCCCUCGGAGGCCCGCAGGGCAGGCCCAGGCCGUCCAAGCGAGCGUCCAAAUCCAGGUCGUCGUCGUCGACUUCCUCCGGCUCCGUGCAAAAGAACCGCCGGGAUGAGGUCCAGCUCGUGUCCGGAGGGCCCAAGGAGAACGGCGUCGCCUGGAGCAAACCGCACCCCGCCUGGGCCAACGCUCCGUCUUCCUGCGUGGCCUGGGAGGGCGGGGCCGAGUCCCUAAAUAACGGCUCGGCGGCUCACGGGGCCAACGGGGUCCGGGCCCCCCCGGUGCCCCCCAGAAGAAGAGGAGCGUCUCUGGAGAGCACCGGAUGCUUCUCCAAGCUCCACGACCGCUACGGGCUGGAGGUGGAGGAGCUGAGGGCCCAGUGGCUGCAAAGUCAGUGAACCCCCGGAGACGGAUUAGAUCAUUCCGCCGUUUUCGGGGUUGAGGCGGGGACUGGAAACGAUCCCCCGAUGACUUGCCGCUCAAAAGCAGACUACACCCUGGAACUUCACAUUUCUCAUCACAAGCCACUUUUUUUUCCAUUUUUUAAAAAAAAAAUCUUGCCUGUAGAAGCCAGCCAGCACUUUUCCCAUUUUGCCGCAGCAACGCAAAAUGGAGGAAUCAAGUCGACCUCGGCAUUUUUCUGCCUUUUGGAGGCGGUCGGUCGUCGGUUUUCCGCCAACUGCGCGAAGGAAGGCAUUUUUCCACCUUAUCGUGUCGCCAUUUUACAUAAAUAGCGGCCAAAUGAAACGGCAAGGAGCGACGUCAACCUGGCAUUUCCUUCUAAAUAGUCACGAAAUGGGAGUAUCAAGCAAUUGGAGCAUUUUCCAAUCUUUGUGUAAACAGCACCGACACAGAUUGGGGUGACUUUAGGAAUUUCAGAGGUAUUAACCACUUUUACACUGGCUGUAAAAGCAGACUUUUUUUUCUCAAGUCGACCCAGCACUUUUCCACCGGCUGUGAGGGAAUUUUAACUUUCAGAGUUUAAUAGUCGAAACAUGAAAUUAUUUCUCCUUUCCUGUUGCGCUGUCCCCUAAAAAAUGUCAGAUGUGAUUAGUUGAUCCAGUUGGAGUACGCAGGAGCCAUUGCGGUUCCAAAUGGUUCUCAAUUCUGAUUCUUUUAGGGUCGAGGUUGUGUCAAACACGUUUGCACGCUUGAAGUCGCAAGUGCCUUCAAAUUAUGAAUAUCUAUUUUCUCCGCAGCCCGUCGCAAUUAAAUUUAGCACGAUUAAAAUCGUCAUUUGGGACUGUUUUAUCACGUCAAAUGGUGUAUUUGUGCUAAAUUUUCACUUGACUUCCUGUUUUAAGCAUGUAGCCUUUUAUUUUGAAGGCCACGCAACGGAACUCAGCAUAUGACACCGAUAAUUUAUUUAGUUUCGUUCUUCGUCGCUCAUUCCUUUCUUCCUUGACGCGAUCUAAUCUUAUUCCAAGCGUUGCACUGAAGCGAUUUCAACAAAGACGCACUUUUGGGCACGAGCGCGUCUUCGUGCAAGUCCUCCUUCGGGGUGGGCGGACUCGGCAUCGAAAGUGGGAACCAAAGUUUGAAGGAUUCCAGGAGAACCGGGGGUAUUUGUCCCGGUUCCAAUCGUUUCUCAACGCCCAACCCGAGUCCACGAUGAGAAAUAUCCUUCUGGUCUUGGCGCAAAGGCAGUGAAAUGCCGGUGUUGGUUGAUAGACUGCGAUCCAUGAAUGUGCCCACAUUGAAACGGGAGAUAUUUACAAAAAAAUGACGGUACACGGAAAGACUUUUCAAACAACAACACGAUAGCAUGAACUCGGCUGGUAAAAAGGAAAAACAGCCGCGGCAGCUACACGGUAGGACAGCACUCACGGGGCCGGUUAAAAAAAAACAACAGAGCUAAAUCACUGACGCGGCAGUAACACAGCAGCAACGCGCUAGCACGGUGCUAAUGCUAGCUGGGUUAACAGGGCCUGUUAAAAAAAAAAAAAACAUACCGGUAAAAAUCACUGAGACAGGGCAGUCACAAACCAGCAACAGGCUAGCGCAGCGCUAACAGGGCCAGUUAAAAAAAAAAACCCGGUAAAAGUCACUUCCUAGGCACAUGUAUUCCACCGGCGUCACUCUUACCUUUUCCGCUCGAGCGCCCCCUUGCGGCCGUUAGAAAAAAAAAAAAAUGCACAAAUUAGCCGCAUCAUCGCACAAGCCGCAGGGUUGAAGUCGGGGCUUCGAGGCCGGAAAUUACGGUACAGAACAGUUUUUCUUUUUUUUUUUUUUUUUAUUAAACAGCCAGGACAUUAUUUGUGAUUGAUUGUGCAUCCUGUCUGGCACAGGAGAAAUUGAUCAGUCAUGACGUACAAUAUGGGAUAAUGCAAAGUCAAAUCACUUUCGCGUCGAAUAUCGACACUUUGUCUUAACACGUGAUUUUGAUUUUGUGCCUUUUACUGAUUUUAAAACGAAAUAAAAUUCUGUCAAGUGAAGCAGAAACAACUGCUAUAAAAAAAACAACAGGGAAGUAAACAAGUGUAUGAAUCAGCCGCCACCCGACUCGCGCUUCUUUCCAUCUUCCCGUGUGAAUUUGCCAUCCCUCUCCGUUGUUGUUCCUUUUUUGUUUUUGAUGCACGGUGGCGGGGGCGUCUUGCGGGUGGGCUUGCGUAAGCGUCUGUGUCAUUGAUUGCCGUUGUUGAGUCAUACCCUGGCGACUGAUCCGCUUUGUUUUGAAUGUCUGCAUCGGAACGGCAAUAACGCGAGAAUGCGGGCAAAGAUUUUAAGAAGCUGCAGUAGAGAUAUUAAUCUCCAUGUUUGUUUUUUUUCAAACAUUCUUAAAGGUCCAAAGUCAUUCAUAACGGUCAAUCGAAGUAAAGUAAACUCCAUCUGGAACAUAUUUUUUUUUUUCAUAACGUGCCAUAUCUUUUCAAAUAUUUGCCCAUAGUCUAAAAAAAAAAAAAGUUUGUUUUAGAUUUUUAGUUUUUUUUUUUUUUUUUUUUUUUUUUUUUACAUUCCAGUUGUUUUGCAGUUUCUUCUCACAUUCCAAAAACAUGCACUCUUAAAUUGUCCGUAGGUGUGAAUUAAUGUUUUUUUUUUUUGUUUGUUUUUUUGUGACCCUCGAUUGUCCCGCCCCGCCUCUCGCGACCUCAACGUUAGACAAAACGCUCACUUAUCUUAUCUGAAGUUGCAUAAGCCAGAGCUGGCUAAAACGGGACUCGGUGACCCGGUUGGCGUUCCCAACACUUUGUCCAAGUAUUUUCCCGGCCUCCGCGUCGUUUCCCCGGAAUCUGAUGACGUGUUCCGACAAGCGGCUGUUGGGUGGUGUUGGUCCGCAUCGUUGCACAGCAUUAUCAUAAAUGUUGCACACAUGGUACAAGAGGGAGUUCUUUUUCUUUUUACCCUCAAAUCGCAAAUUGCAUUCAACUUUGAACUUCUAUUGCAAGCAACAUCAUAUGAUGUGAAAUGACUGAUUGAACCAUAUGAAUAAUAACUAUUGUAAUCAAAGCUGCCAAAUAACGUCCUUGAUCUUUUAUGUAUCAUUUUCUGACUUUUUCAUGUUUUUAUGCACGUGAUCCAAGUAUUGUACAUGCUUCAUACAUCAUACAAUUAUCAUACAUGCUUCUAUUUUACGUUAAAAUAUCUGACAAACUUACAAUUGUAUUUGUUUUAUUUACUUGACAGCAUUUGCCAUUAUUAUUAUUAUUUUGAAUCACAGUUGCCUGCCCUGUUGUGUCACUUUAAUGACAUGAAUGAGAAUUGUACGGUUAAUCAAACGUGACGUGAACUGUUGAUGGAAGGCUCGUCUACAAUUUUAAUUUCUAAUCUUUUUGCCAGUAUUGUUUCACGAUAUCGAGCAUUCUGUUGAUUAAGGUACCUUGAAGUAUAUUUUAUCACCUGCAGUAAGUAACCAAAAUAAAAACAGGAUUGUUAAACGGUGUGAACUUUUUAAGUUGUUUUACAAGCCACUAGAAAUUUCUGUCCAAUUUUUUAUCACCCAACUUGGAAAAAAAUGCAAUAUUGGUUCCUUGA